AUGCUGAGCAUCCUCGGACGCCUGCUGUACAUCCUCCUGACCUGUGGGUUGCUAGCGGUCAUCCUGUAUUACAACAACACCGGGGGCGACACGCCCUUUGAGCGUUUCAUGGAUAACCAAGGGUUUGGUGUCAGGUUUUUAUUCACAACAGUCGGCAUAGGGAUCACUUUCUUUUGGGGAAGUUUCUUUACGAGUAUAGCAAUCGUCAGCCCCUACCAUCUCCUGUCCGUCUCCCCUCAAUAUGCGCGCAACUCCAUCCUCUUGUCCCCGCCCAGCAACGCCCUCACAGGCUUCUUCAGCGCCAUUCGCCGACGCCACUUCUUCAUGGCUGUAGUGGCGCUGACCUCGCUCCUGUCAGAGUUCAUGCCCAUUCUGCUGAACAACAUUCCGUUUCGCAUCACACAGACCUAUGUCACCCAUCUCGUCUGUACGUGGCUUGCGGUCGGUAUACUGAGCGUGAUGCUGCUCGUUGUGCUGGCAAGUUUCCUGAUCAAAUGGCCACACAUGCCGGCCGAUAUUAGCACUAUAGCAGGCAGUAUAUACUACGUUUUUGACAGCGGAAUGCUUUGGUCGUUUGAGGGACUCGGCUCCCUGCGUCAGGAGGAGAGGGACUGGAGGAUCAAAGAAAUGGGCAUGCGAUAUGCCUUUGGCGAGAUGACGGGUGUGACUGGCACGCACAGGAUCGGUGUUGAUGCCGUUGAGGGGAGGAUGCCAUGA